GGAGCACCGAGUGCACUCUGCGGCUCGCAGCUCGUAGCUACUCGGAGGUGCGUCGCUGUUCCCCGGUUCGGGGCUUCUGUGUCUCCCGCUGGUCUGCCUGUUUGCUCCGGGUUGCCUUCAUCACCAAACAUGCAAAAAUAUGAGAAGCUGGAGAAAAUUGGAGAAGGGACCUACGGGACCGUGUUCAAGGCCAAGAACAGGGAAACACACGAGAUUGUGGCGCUGAAGAGGGUCCGACUGGACGACGACGACGAGGGGGUUCCCAGCUCGGCUCUGAGGGAGAUCUGUCUGCUGAAAGAGCUGAAACAUAAAAACAUCGUCCGACUGCACGAUGUCUUGCACAGUGAUAAGAAGUUAACUCUGGUGUUUGAGUACUGUGACCAGGAUCUGAAGAAAUACUUUGACAGCUGUAAUGGAGAUCUGGAUCCUGAGACGGUGAAGUCCUUCAUGUACCAGCUGCUCAAAGGUUUGGCCUUCUGUCACAGUCGAAACGUCCUGCACAGAGACCUGAAGCCUCAGAACCUGCUGAUCAACAGGAACGGGGAGUUGAAGCUGGCAGACUUCGGUCUGGCUCGAGCGUUUGGAAUCCCCGUCAGGUGUUACUCAGCAGAGGUGGUGACGUUGUGGUAUCGGCCUCCUGACGUGCUCUUCGGUGCUAAACUCUACUCUACCUCCAUCGACAUGUGGUCUGCUGGCUGCAUCUUUGCAGAGCUGGCCAACGCCGGGCGGCCCUUGUUUCCUGGGAACGACGUGGACGACCAGCUGAAGCGGAUCUUCAGGUUGUUGGGAACUCCGACUGAGGAACAGUGGCAGACCAUGACCAAACUCCCGGACUACAAGCCAUACCCCAUGUAUCCUGCCACCACGUCUCUGGUCAACGUCGUCCCCAAGCUCAGCAGCACAGGACGGGACCUACUGCAGAACCUGUUGAAGUGUAACCCUGUCCAGAGGAUCUCUGCAGAAGAAGCCCUUCAGCACCCGUACUUUGCAGAUUUCUGCCCCCCAUAAAUGCCCCCCUGCGCCCCCCCCAAAUCUGUUUCCAGUCUGGAUGAAGAUGUAAAGCCUGGAACUGAGGACUGCGAUGCGUUCACUGUCUGUCGUCACUUUGCCUCUCAUUUGUGUUCAUUUCUCUUUGAUUUUAAUAGAACCUGUUUGUUCAGAACAUCUGUCAGCUCGCGUGUGUGUGUGCGUAUGCGUGCAUGUGUGUGUGAGUUUUGUUGAAGUGUGAAUGGAGGAUUGGGUUGUGUGUGUUUUUAGUGGACUGAUGCUAACAGGUGGAUCUGGUCCAGGCUCUGGUCUCCUUGUGUCUCAUUCCUGUGUACAUACCUUCCUGCUGGAGACCUGCAGCUCGGCACCGUCGGCACGAGAAGCUUCGUUUGCUUUUUCUUCUCUCAGGCUUUUAUUUUCUACUUUUCCAGAACUUUGAUUUUAGUGUUUUGCUUCUGAUUUGAUGAUGAAAGUUGAACAGCAGUUUUUCCAGGAGCGGGCCAACUGGGUGUGUGGACGGAGUGUGUGGACGGAGUGUGUGGACGCGGCGUCUUCUCGCUCUGACUUUCUCUUUCUGUUAAAGGUUUCUUUGGUACUGCUGGUUCUGUCGUGGCUCCUCAUGCUGCAGCAGUGUUCUUAAUGUUUUGGCUGAUAGACCCCAUCAUGGAUGCAUGUAUUUAUUAUGAAGGAAUGUCUGCUUGGCUGUUUGUCCCUGAACCGGUUCCAGUGUUCGAGCCUCAACCUCACUUUGAACUGAAGACACUCAAUAAAACGAUGA